AUGUCGGACCCCCCGCCACCUCGAACCGGCAUGUCCGGCCUCUAUGCCAACCUCCUGGACCGAUCAAACAACACGACAACCCCAGCAUCUAUCUCCCGCGCACCAAUAGUCUUCAAACAACCUACUGCCGCCUCCUCCUUAACCUCCACUCCAGCAGAAGACCCUGCACCGAAAAAGCUCAAUGCCGGUAUUUCGCGAGAAGCUCCCCCUCCUCCCCCUUUUGCGUUUUACAGAGUCAAGCCUUACUCACGCGGAGUGUGUGAAUUAUUUUUUUCUGGCGAAAAAAAGCUGCUCUACGUUUUCAGCCGACGCUCAAACGACCGACCGGCGCAAAUGUGAAGGGAAAGGGGAAGAAUGUACGGAAGCCAGCCGUCAGUGCCACUACGACAGCGGCGGCGGCGGGGGUGACGACUAGUACGGCGGAUACUGGUGCAGAUACAGCAGCAGGAGGAGUGGCUAGACCAAUCGUCAAAACUACUAUAGAAGACUGGACCGGUGACGCAGAUGACGAUGUCAACGGCUUCUACGCCGGCAACCGAGAUCAGCGCCGCGCAGGACGUAAGAAGCGGAAGAAGAAUCGCGAUACACCGCCUCCACCUACUAACUGGGAUGACGUGUACGAUCCCAGCCGGCCGAACAGCUACGAUGAGUACAAGGACAGUGACGAGAAGAUCCGGGAACUGGAAGAUUGGAGGGAUAGGGUGCUGCCCAGGAGACGGAUGGAUAGUUACGAUAGUGUGGAGGAUGAGCAGCGGGGGAGGGAGAGGGAUAGACAGGGUCCGGGGAAUAGGUUUGCGCCUCCAGCAAAGUACUCGUUUGCUCCACCGCCGCAGUUAUCGGGGGGUGCGGACGCUCCCCCAUCUCCUCCACCGCCUGCUGCUGCCACUGGACCUCCGGUAAUAGUCCCCGACGAUGUCUCUGGGGAAGACGCAUAUGCCCGUCGUCUCCGCAUGAGCCAGUUGGGCUCCGCCGGUUACUCCUCAACUACUACCACCACCACCGUAUCGGAACCACCUCCUCCUCCUCCACCUUCUCCUCCCCCUCCCCCACCAGCGGCAGGCCCCACCCCUCAACCAACAAUCUCCCGCGCUCCAGUCCUCUACACAACCUCGCAACCCCCCAUGGACGCCCCGACCGACGAAUCCACUGACCAGUCCCCCCCCUCCCCACCAUCAAAUCCCCUCCUCCCCGGCCAGAAGGACUUCGCCACGCGCCUGAUGUCAAAAUUAGGCUGGCGGGCCGGUACAGGCCUCGGCGCCUCGAGCACAGGCAUAACCCAACCCCUCCGCGCCGUGCACACAAAGUCCAAAGACCACCCCACCCGCGGCAAAAUCAUAGACAAGAACAAGCCUAAUCCCGCCGCCGCCGUCGGCAAAUUCGGUCCCGCGAGCGUCGUGGUGGUGUUGAGGCACAUGGUGGACGGCCUGGAGGGCGAGGACGAAGCCGUGCUCGUGCAGGAGAUUGGUGAGGAGUGCGAGAACUCGUAUGGCGGUGUUGAGCGCGUUCUCGUCGUUUGGGGGAGGGAUGAAGGGGAAGGCGCCGGGGAUAACGCAGACGGAAAGGGGGCGAGUAGGGUAUUCGUCAAGUUUUCGGGGGAAUUGGCGGCUCUCAGGGUUUGUUUAUCCUCCCCUUCCUCUCCCACUCCGUUUUGCUCCGGUUUGAAGGGAGGCCGAAGUGGUGGCUAAUUUGUCGGUGUAUGUGUGUGCAAACAGGCAGUCAACGCCCUUGAAGGAAGACUAUUUAAUGGGAACACCAUUGAAGCUAGGUUCUUUGAUAAGGAUAAGUUUGAGAAUCGCGAAUUUGAUUGAUGUACUACAUUAGCCAGCCUGCAGUAUAGGUGCGAGUGAGUCAUUGUGACUAUGUACUUGGGGAAUAAUGUUGAUUUGGCAUUUUCUUUCUCCUUUUUUUCUCUCUCUCUCUCUUCCUCCUUCUUCUCUCCUUCUUCUUACAUACAAUUUCGUCUUCCUUCUCUAGUACAAGUAUCGUAAACUACGGUCACUCAGUACAUUGUGGUAAUAAAAUACCGAGUUGAAUAAAUACAAACAAAACAAA